UUUUGCCUGGACUGCGAAGACGACGUCGUGGAAGGCAAACAGGCAAAGAGAACUUGGCUUGUUGGAGACUGAACUGUGUAUUGUGUGGGUUCCCCUGGCCGUUAGUACCUAAAUCUCAAUCGCGCUUUAGCGACAGCAGAGAUCCGAUCUGCUCUGCACCUCUCUCUCACCACAGUGUCGCCAGAGAAAGGAGAAUAUCACAUCAAUAACACGAUGAUGAUGAUGGAUCCGCCGAUGACGCCGCUGGGGCAAAUGCUAUUGGAGGAGAUCACUCCCGUCGUCAUGCUCCUCUCAACUCCUUCCGUCGAACAAGUUUCCCUCAAGAACGGUCUCUCCUUCCUCCAGACGCUAACGCCGUUCUGCUCCUUCAACAACAUCGACGUUCCUGUUAGGACCGCCAGUGACCAACCUUAUCGCCUUCACAAGUUCAAAUUGCGUUUGUUCUACGCUUCCGAUGUGAGGAAGCCUGAUUUGAAGGUAGCUAAAGAGCAAGUGAAGCAAGUUAUCACAGAGGCAGGGGAGAAAGAGUUUUCUGAGUCGUGUUCAGAUGUGUCAGAAAUUAAUCAUGAACUUUCGUCGAGUUCCGAAUACCAACAUACACCAUCCUGGUUUCGGUUUCUCAAUAAAGAACUUGUUCGUGUGGCUUCCUUUUCAGACCAUGAAGCAUUUGACCAUCCUGUGAUAUGUCUUGUUGCUGUUUCAUCAAAGGAUGAACAGCCUAUUAGCAGAUUUGUUGACCUUUGUAAUGCCAACAAGCUUCCUUCCCUUCUUAAUGAUGGUGCAAUGGAUCCAAAAAUUUCAAAGCAUUACUUGUUAGUGCAUGAUAAUCAAGAUGGCCCUGCAGACAGAGCAAGUAAAAUAUUGACAGAUAUCAGGAGUACAUUUGGUGCAAGUGACUGUUCAUUGCUUUGCAUUAAUUCUUCCCUGGAUGCUCCAAUCAAACAUCAAGAUAAUCCUUGGGCUUCAUAUAUAACUGAUGCCUCACCUACUCAUAGUCAAGAUUUUGGUUGCUUUCUCAACAUUGAUGAUAUCAACGAGAUCAAAGAUCUAAUGCAAGAUUUAGCAUCUAAGCACAUCAUUCCAAAUAUGGAGCAAAAAAUUCGUGUACUCAAUCAACAGGUUUCUGCCACACGAAAAGGGUUUAAAAACCAAAUAAAAAAUUUAUGGUGGAGAAAAGGGAAAGAAGAUGGUGCAGAUUCUCUCAAUGGUCCCACGUAUGACUUUAAUUCCAUUGAAUCCCAGAUUCGAGUUUUGGGUGAUUAUGCUUUCAUGUUACGAGAUUAUGAACUUGCCUUGUCAAAUUAUCGCCUAAUUUCCACAGAUUACAAGAUUGAUAAAGCCUGGAAGCGUUAUGCUGGUGUGCAGGAAAUGAUGGGACUUACAUACUUCAUAUUGGAUCAAUCAAGAAAGGAAGCUGAGUAUUGCAUGGAAAAUGCUUUUAACACAUAUUUAAAACUUGGAUCAUUGGGUCAGCUAAAUGCAACAAGAUGUGGUCUGUGGUGGAUAGAAAUGUUAAAGGCACGUGAUCAAUAUAAGGAGGCUGCUACUGUUUAUUUUCGUAUUUGUGGUGAGGAUAUCCUACAUUCUGCUGUGAUGCUUGAACAAGCAUCAUACUGCUACUUGUUGUCUAAACCCUCCAUGUUACACAAAUAUGGAUUUCAUCUAGUGCUUUCUGGUGAGCAGUAUAAAAAGUGUGAUCAGAUCAAACAUGCAAUUCGAACAUACAGAAGUGCUCUUUCUGUUUUUAGAGGAACUACUUGGAGUUAUAUAAAUGAUCAUGUUCAUUUCCAUAUAGGACAGUGGUAUGCUUCUCUUGGGAUGUAUGAUGUGGCUGUCAAGCAUAUGAUGGAAAUCUUGGCCUGUAGUCACCAGUCCAAGACAACACAGGAAUUAUUCCUGGGCGACUUUCUUCAAAUUGUCGAGAAAACUGGACGGACGUUUGAGGUAACAAAACUUCAAUUGCCUGUAAUCAACAUCUCUUCACUGAAGAUCAUCUUCGAAGAUUACCGAACUUUUGGAACAUCUUCAGCUGCUAAUACUAGAGAAGGCUUGUGGCACUCUUUGGAGGAAGAAAUGCUACCAUCAUUCUCUUCUGCCAAGACAAAUUGGUUGGAGUUGCAAUCAAAGCUUAUCUCAAAAAAGCACAGUCAAUCGAAUGUUUGUGUUGCAGGCGAAGCUGUGAAUGUGAAUAUUGAAUUUAAAAAUCCUCUGCAAAUCUCAAUUCCCAUAUCUGGUGUUACACUUGUAUGCAAGUAUUCUGCCAGUACUGGUGAUAUUAGAUCAGAUGAGAAUGAGUCAAGUGUGGAGAAAGAUAAUGAGGUUGACCACUUUAGGAAUAUGAGCUCCGACAAUUCCUCAUUUAUGGUGUCCGAGGUUGAUUUCUUACUAGGAGGCGGUGAAACAACCAUGAUACAACUAUCAGUUACUCCCAGGGCAGAGGGUACUCUUGAAAUUCUUGGUGUUAGGUGGAAACUGUCUGGUACAAUAGUUGGCUUUCACAACUUUGAGUUGUGCCACCCAAAGAAGAUUAUAAAAGGAAGAAGGAAAACAAAGCACAUGCCAAAUGAGAAAUUUAAAUUUAUGGUGAUUAAGAGCAUACCCAAGCUUCAGGGUUCCAUUCACCCUCUACCUGGAAAGGCGUAUGCUGGAGAUUUACGACAACUUGUUUUGGAAUUGAGGAAUCCAUCAGACUUUCCUGUUAAGAAUCUGAAGAUGAAGAUAAGUCAUCCUAGAUUCCUGAUAAUUGGGAAGCAGGAAAAUAGGAAGUCAGAGUUUCCUGCGUGCUUAAGAAAGAGAACAGAUGCAGUACUAAGUGAUGUGUAUGCUAAUCCUAACAUCAUGUCUGACACAGUCUUUUUGUUUCCAGAGGGCACAUCAGUUCAAGGUGAAGCACCCUUCUUGUGGCCUCUUUGGUUUAGGGCUGCUGUUCCUGGUGAUAUAUCACUUUACAUGAGCAUAUAUUAUGAGAUGGGAGAUGCAUCAAGUGUCAUCAAAUAUCGUACUCUUCGCUUGCAUUACAAUCUGCAGGUAUUACCAUCGUUGGAUGUCUCAUUUCAAAUAAGUCCUUCUCGAUUAAGAUUACAAGAAUUUCUCGUUCAAUUGGAUGUUGUUAACAAGACUAGCUCAGAAAGUUUCCAAGUUUAUCAGUUGUCGUCAGUUGGUCACCGCUGGGAAAUCUCGUUACUUCAAGCUCCUGAUACUAUUUUUCCUUCACAAUCAUUGAAGGCUGGCCAAGCAAUAUCUUGUUUCUUUACACUAAAGAAUUCUUCGAGGUUUUCGACAUUGGAGGACAACAUAUCUACAUUGCCUGUCAGAAGUGAUGUAAGAUUGGUACCCCAAAGCAGUGAGGAUUUAGUUUACGAUAUAAACAGUGCACCUUUGUUCAAUUUCCACCAUUAUGAAAGAUUGCAGCAGAAAGUUACAUAUGAGGGUGACUUAAAUACUGUUGAUUUUGUAUUGAUCUCUCGGCCAUUCAAGAGUAAUGACGAUCCUGGUUUUUCCAAUCCUCCUCAUGUUAUGUCUCAUCAUGCGUGUCACUUCAGUACUGCUAGCACGGGCCCUAUUUCAUGGCUAGUGGAUGGACCUCAAACCUUACAUCAUGACUUCUCUGCAUCAUUCUGUGAAAUAAGUCUGAAGAUGCAUAUUUACAAUUCUUCUGGUUCCACUGUUUUUGUACGCAUUGACACCUUAGAUUCUGCUGGUAAUGGUGGGCACAUGAACAGUGUAAAUGUGGUUCAAUCAGCAACUAGUGAUAACCGAGCAGGGUGGCAUGAUAUUACACCAGUGAAUGAACUCAAAGUCACAUCAAAUGUUCUUGGAACCCAACCAGGAAAGGCACUAUCAUUGGAAAGUGUGCCUUCAUAUAUUUGGUCUGGAUCAAGCUCAACCAAUCUCCACAUUGAUGCUAUGUCCUCAGCAGAAAUUCCUCUUCAGAUCUGUGUGUUUUCCCCAGGGACAUAUGACCUGUCAAAUUAUGUUUUGAAUUGGAAACAUCCAUCCAAUGGUCAGGGAGACAGUGAUGAAACGAAGCAGCAUUCAGGCAAGUGCCAGGGCUAUAAAUACUAUCUUACCGUGCUUCAGUCCACUUGAGAAGUUAGUAAAUGUUUUGCUGUCCGUUUAUCUCAUGCUAGAAUUUCAGAAGUGAUUUGUAACCGGGGGCUGUAUAUAUUACAUAUGUUUUCAUGUAUUGUUAAAAUGCCAUUAGGAACUAGGAACAGGGUAAAAGUUCGGUUGAAAAAGCGGUAGAACUCAAGUUCUUUUUGUCCAAACAAUAAUGACGGUGGCGAUAUACAAUUCAUCCAACAGGCUAGGAUAAUUGGACUGGCCAAGUUUGAGAAAGGAAGUUAUAAGGAAGUAUUUUUAUGGAGACAAGGAAGUACUUUUAUAUGAAGACAAUCUUAACAAUUUUUUGCAUGCCCCACGGUUAACUAGGGAUGGAAUGGCAGAGUGGACCACAGGCAAUCGAAUGAGAAUUUUUCACCCCUUACCCCUGAAAGCGGGGUGCACGUGUUAGCGGCGCAAGAAUUGGUUACACACCGAAUGUUUUGAGUUCAAGGAGCAUUGGAGCAUUUGUUCUUUCUAAUUUUGCUACAUAUGAUCGGAAGCAGUUCAGAGAGCCUACUUUUGUGACUCUUGCAAACUUGUAAGACAGGCAUUUGAUUAAAAGAAAUAAAUUUUUAUUGUUAUAAUGUGA